GGGAGGGGACAGAGCAGCGGGGAAGGUGCAAGGGCCACAUGAAAUGUCCUGAAAAUGGUGUGGAGCAAUGACAUUACAUUCAUUGUUGAAAUAUUUUGACAGGAAGCCAGCUCCUGAACUACUGAUUGAAUAUUCCAGGAAAGUGGACUUCUUAAAGGGCCUGUUAGAGGCUGAAAAAUUGUCAUCUCCCACUGAAAAAGCCUUGGCUAAUCAGUUUCUUGCUCCUGGGCGCACACCUACAAUCAGCAAGGAAUGUACACCAGUGACCAAGACUGUCCAUCUUCAAACACAAGCACGUUACACAGGGGAGAUGAGGAGUGAGCUGCUGGAAAAGAAUUCCAUCUCUUCUACUGAUUCAGGUGAUAGCUAUCCAAGGAAACGAAAGGGCUCUGUUUCCAAUGACAAGCAGUCAGAAGCUGAGCUUGAUGCAGUGUUACAGCGUCACCACAACAUGCAAGAAAAGUUAGCAGAGGAGAUGCUACGCCUGACCCAGAAUCUUAAAAGCAACACAUUAGCAGCACAAAAUGUCAUUAAACAGGACAACCAGACACUCUCCCAGUCUCUGAAGUUAGCGGACCAGAACUUUGAAAAACUAAAGACUGAAUCAGACCGCCUUGAGCAACACGCCAAGAAGUCUGUCAACUGGAUCCUAUGGAUUAUGCUAAUCUUUGUCUGCUUCACUUUUAUCAGCAUGAUCCUCUUCAUCAGAUUAUUCCCCCGACUCAGAUAA